UUAUAAAAAUUGCAACACCCUCCUAACUCUGCUUCAACUCACAUAGCCCGGAAAGUUUCGUUUUUUUCCCGGAAAAUUUUAAUGGCAGAGAAAAGCAAGAUUCUGAUCAUAGGCGGAACAGGUUACAUCGGAAAAUUCAUCGUGGAAGCGAGCGCAAAAGCCGGCCACGCCACCUUCGCUUUGGUUAGAGAAAGCACAGUUUCCGACCCUAUUAAGGGAAAACUCAUCGAGACCUUCAAGAAUUCCGGCGUCACUUUGCUAUAUGGAGAUCUGUAUGAUCACGAGAGCUUAGUGAAGGCGAUAAAGCAGGUGGAUGUGGUGAUAUCAACGGUAGGCCACAUGCAGUUGGCGGAUCAGGUGAAGAUCAUCGCUGCCAUUAAAGAAGCUGGUAAUAUCAAGAGAUUCUUCCCUUCGGAAUUUGGGAACGAUGUGGACCAUGUUCAUGCUGUUGAGCCUGCAAAAACUGCAUUUUCAGUUAAGGCCCAAAUCCGCCGAGCUAUUGAGGCUGAGGGAAUUCCCCACACCUUUGUGACUGCAAACUGCUUCGCGGGCUAUUUCCUUCCUACAUUGGUGCAGCCUGGAGUUACUGCUCCGCCUAGAGAUAAAGUAAUCAUCUUAGGGGAUGGAAAUCCCAGAGCAAUAUUUAACGAGGAACACGACAUUGGCACCUUCACCAUCAAAGCUGUGGAUGAUCCGAGAACAUUGAACAAGAUCCUCUACCUCAGGCCUUCCAAAAAUAUUUACUCGUUCAACGAGCUUGUCUCCCUUUGGGAGAAAAAGAUUGGCAAAACCCUUGAAAAAAUCUAUGUACCGGAAGAGAAAAUUCUCAAGGACAUCCAAGAGGCCCCCAUUCCGAUCAAUGUUGUGUUAGCAAUCAACCACUCGGUUUUUGUGAUGGGAGAUCACACCAACUUCGAGAUUGAACCAUCCUUUGGGGUUGAGGCUUCCGAGCUUUAUCCGGAUGUCAAAUACACCAGUGUGGAGGAGUACCUUGCUCAAUUUGUUUGAGGGAUUCAAACUUCUGCUCUUCUCGGUACUAAAAUAACAAACUAGAGUGCUUACUAUUCGGAGGUUCCAUAUAGAAUGUUUUAAGUUCAUUUGCUUCUCGUACGAAAACCAUAAAAUUAAAAUGAAUUGACGGACCUUGAUUCCUUUGCUUUCUAUUUAUUUUCCCAUGGCUGGUACAAUAUGAGGUGUAUUCUAAGCUCAUGAGUAUUGCUUGUGCUGUUUUACCAUCAUAUAAGAAAAGGGUUUUCUGCUCAAAUAAAGAAACAUCGAAUUUAAGUCAUUCAAUAA